AUGGAGAUCAAGGAUAUGAAAGAGUUGAAGUGGCCUUCAAGGAUGAAGUCGUCCCCUGACACAAGAGAUAGGAGCAAGUAUUAUGAAUUUCACCGAGAUUAUGGUCAUACCAAUGAGGAUUGUCAAGCCUUACAGCGGGAGAUUGAAGCCUUCAUCAAAAGAGGGCUCUUAAGAAAUUACAUCGAUCAUGAUAAAGGUCUGAAGAAUGAGCGUGACAAUCAAAAAGAGCCCGGAGCAGGAAGCAGUGCUCAACCCACUACCGGGACCAUUAAUAUUAUCAUUGGAGGUAUAGCAUCUGGAGGAGACACAAACAGUGGGAGAAAGCAGUAUGCCUGCCAACAUGCUCAUACCCCAAGGGAAUCCCAUGAUGAAGUCAAAGAAAUUACCUUUGGGGCAAGGGAUUUGAAAGGAGUAUCAUAUGCUCAUGACGAUGCCUUGGUGGUCUCUGCAAUUGUGGCUAACUUCCAAGUAAAGAGGAUUCUGAUCGAUAAUGGGAGUGCAACAAACAUACUAUCAUAG